GUGCCCGCGGCCGAGAUGGCGGCGCCGCGCGCCCCCGCGCCCUGAGGCCUCGGGCGGCCCCGGCCACACCGGGCGGGCUGAGGGGAGCGCGGGGGGCGAUGGCGGCGGGGCCCGGCCCCGGACCCGGCCCCGGGGCGGCCGCGGCGUCGUGGGGAGGACCGGGCUGGCGGCUGCCGGGGCGGGUGUUGGAGCUGGUGUUCUCGUACCUGGAGCUGCGGGAGCUGCGGAGCUGCGCGCUGGUCUGCAAGCUGUGGCACCGCGUCCUGCACGGCGACGAGAACAGCGAGGUGUGGCGCAGCCUGGCCGCCCGCUGCCUGGCAGAGGAGGCCCUGCGCACCGACAUCCUCUGCAACGUGCCCACCUACAAGGGCAAGGUCCGUGCCUUCCACCACGCCUUCAGCACCAACGACUGCUCGAGGAACGUGUACAUCAAGAAGAACGGCUUCACGCUGCACCGCAACCCCAUCGCGCAGAGCACGGACGGGGCGCGCACCAAGAUCGGCUUCAGCGAGGGCCGGCACGCCUGGGAGGUGUGGUGGGAGGGCCCGCUGGGCACCGUGGCCGUCAUCGGCAUCGCCACCAAACGCGCGGCCAUGCAGUGCCAGGGCUACGUGGCCCUGCUGGGCAGCGACGACCAGAGUUGGGGCUGGAACCUGGUGGACAAUAACUUGCUGCAUAAUGGAGAGGUGAACGGCAGCUUCCCCCAGUGCAAUAACGCGCCCAAAUACCAGAUAGGUGAAAGGAUUCGAGUUAUCCUGGACAUGGAAGACAAAACAUUAGCGUUUGAGAGGGGCUAUGAGUUCUUGGGAGUUGCCUUCAGAGGACUGCCAAAAGUUUGCCUGUAUCCAGCAGUGUCUGCUGUGUAUGGUAACACAGAAGUGACUUUGGUCUACCUGGGAAAGCCUCUGGAUGGAUGACGUGGAUUGUUUCGUCGGGACGUCGAGAUGUGGAUAUUUGGGAGGAGAAAUCUGCAUGUUGGUUAGAGGGAAAUGUGUAUUAGAGGAAAAAAAACAACCAAAAGGUGUGGGUGUGUGUCCAAGAGCCAUCGAGGCAACCACAUGGGAUUUGGAAAAGGAGGACCAGCCGUACUUCAGAAAUUGUGUUACAUUUCCUCUUUCUACCAGGCCAGAAAAAUCCUCAGGGCUGCAGUUGAUUGAGUGGGAAGCUGACACAUGCAUGUUGCAACAGAUUUUAUUGCUAAAAUGGCAGUGUGACCUCAAACAUUUAAGAAAGGACUUGAUACAAAAAUGCUUGAGGAAAUUACCCUGGGAUUUGUAAGUGGCGUGUUUUGUGAGAGACUCCCAUUUCCAAACUGCUUGUUCCUUCCUUCCCUCCUUGGGGCCAGCGUGGGGGCUGGAGCAGAGAGGGGCUGCUGGGGGUAUUUACAGUUUUUAGUGUCCUGAGAGGCACAGUCUGUGCAACUGCCCUUCUCUGGUAUAACCAUACAACACGUGUGCAGCUAUUUUUAAGUGUAUUUUAAGGAUUGUAUAUAAAGAAAACGUUGAAAAGAACAGUUAAAAGAAAGGGUUUGCUUUAUUCUAACUGGGACAGAGUUUCUUAAAGGGAAAAAAAAUCACCCCCCUCCCUGGCACCAGAACACACACCUGGGACAGGUGUAGAGCCUUCAUGUCAGUGCAGUUCUGUUGUAAUGUGCUUUGGGAUGCUCUUGUGGAGUGCGGUGCUACUUUGGGUUGUUUCCUGUGAAAGUUUCCUUGGCUUCAGUGACAGGUUUGUUCUCUGUAGGAAACAAAAACGUUUUCCCUGCGAGUUUUCUUUCAGCAGAACUCGUGCUCCCCUUGGGGAAGGAGGGCUGAGCACAGCACUGAGCUUGCCUUCCUCUCCAGUCAAAAAUGCCACCUUUUCAAAGCAUUCUCUCACUUGCUAAUCACUGUUGUGAGAUGUCUCAACUCAGCGUUGAAGGAGCAUUGGGCUCCUGCAACCAGACCUUACUUUCAGCUUCAGUGGCUUUAUAAAGCUUUAAGGCUUGCCUGAACCUUUUUUAACUGAAUCCAAUCCCCUUGUUGGUAUGUUGGCACCCCAACAUUCACCUGCCCAGGACCAGUAAAACUCUCACCAGCCCAUUCAUGGGGAUUCUGGAUCACAUUCAGUGUUUGUGCUCUUCGCUGAUUUUCUCAAAGCCAUGUCCAGACCCCCCAGGUGUGUCUGUGUGUAGGCUGGGAAGCUGCCAGGUGUAGUGAGGAGGGAAUUCCUGGGGGAACCACUUUGCUGUGAGGCUGGAAGGUCUGUAGGGAGCCCUAGGAUGGCCCUUUAGCAGGGCAGGAAGGCUGGGAGUCCCAUGGCUGGCUCAUGACUCUGGUUUUGUGCUGGUUUGCAUCUCCCAGAACUGCCUGGGCUGUUUCAGAGCUGCUUUUUGGAGAUUGAGAAGGAAAUGUUUAUACAACCUUUUUUUUUUUUUUUUUUUUUAAUUUGUGCUAGAGAAUGUGAGUUUCUUGGUAUCAGACACUGGCAAUUCUCUGAGCAUGGAAGAAAGAGGAAUUCCUCUUGGGCUGUUGCUCAUCCCCCUCCCUGUUCCUCAAGGAGGUGAGUGAGGCUUUGCCUUGGAGUGCUUUUGGCCAGGUAGAUCACCAGGUUGUGCCCUGGAACUGUGUAAGUUGUUACCAUUUAAAGGAUUUAAAAGUAUUUAUUGUUUUGUUUGUUCAUUGCUGAAAGGCAAAUCAAGGUCUUUUCCUCUUGCUGCAUCAGACAGAAUGUGCUGUGAGCAGUGGAGGUUUUAGGUGGUGCUGAGAAGAGCCAAAUAAAGGAUGUGGGACAGGCAUCCAAGUAGCUCCCGGAAAAAUCUGUUACAGGCAUUGAUUGUACUGGACUGUAAAGUGUCUGCAGAGCAGAUCUGUGGGGCACAGAGUUGGGGAUAAAGGAAACAAAACCCUGCCCAGUUUAGGAAAAGAAAUAGUCCCCAGGAUGAAUGUAUUCUCAGUGCAGUCCUGAAAGAUGCAACCUCUGUGGUUGUCCAUGAUCCAGUUAGAGGCAAGGAAACCCUGAGAAUUCCAAGGAGUUUUAAUCACAAAUUAAGAUGGAUUCCCAUUCUUCAGACUGCAUCUUACCCUUUAAAUAAUUUCCCUCUGAAUCAGAAACACUGAAAGUUGAACAUUCCUUAGGGGUGGGUUUGGGUGGACUCACUUAUGUAAGAUUAUAACUUAUUCCUGAAGACCAAUGCUGGCUGUACAAAAUAUUAAAAUAAACUCUGCUAUCAUUCAGAAGGA